AUGGCGUUGCUGGCCGUUGCCAGGGGCAACCGCCGUGGUUGCCAUAUCGAGGUAUCCCAGGUUCACAUCAAAGCCACCGUGGGCUCGACCAUUUUCUUCAAUGCCCACAUCUCUGCCCCUCGAGGCUGCGAGGUCACCACAGCAGCGUGGUUCAGGAGUGGGAGGGACGACCGCAUGGCCACCUACGACGCCUCCACCCGACGCUGGACACCGUCCGAGAGCUCGGUUCAGUACCGGGGUAGGGUGGACCUGAGCCCGGGAAACGACCUGGGGAGCGAUGGAGGUGGCACAGCGUGGCUCCGACUGCGGGAGCUGAGGAUGGAGGACGAUGGCAUUUACGAGAUCAAGGUCGCCUGGAGGCACGAGACCUACGAGUGGACGGAUAGCGAGAACGUCUUUCUGACUGUGCUCAACCCCUGCCUGGUGAACUUCUCCAAGUCGCGGGCGGUGGUCGGUGGCUCCCUGUCCUUCACUCUGACCAAGCCCCCUGCCGACUGCCGCCUCCUAAACAUCUCCCUCCAGCAUCCCAGAAAGGUUGACAGAGCAUGGGCAGAGCCAGUGAGGAUCCUGACCUGGGAUCACAACUCAGGUCUCAGGCCGGAGGCUGGCUACGUGGACAGAGUGGCGGUGGUGACGGAAUCUAAAGCAGUCCUGCAGUCAGUCGAGUUGAAGGGGCUCACACGGGAGGACGCGGAAGAGUUCAUGAUCUCGCUUUGGUGGGAGUACAAGGGCAGCGCCUUUAAUGUGUCAUGGACCGAGCAUGUGAAUAUCAAUGAAGUUGCCGUGUCAAAGCCCGAUGUCUCUCCCCGUGACCCCGCGGUGCACGUGGGAGGCUCCUUGUAUCUGCGCUGCGUCGUGCACCAGGGCUCCCCUCCCAUCUACUACUCGUGGCUCAGGGGGGACGAGAGCUCGGGGGGGAACCUCACAGAGACCGGGGUCCACACGGAGACGUGGACCCUGCACGACGCGCGGCACGGUGACGCGUUCGCCUCGUCACAGUUUCAACAGGGAAGCAUCCUCCACCUGGAGGAAUCCCCACUCCCCAUGGUCCAGACCAAUAGCGCCAUCACACGCAUUGGGACCGUCGAGAUUUUCUGGGGUAUCAACAUCCACCGAUGCCACAAGUAG